GCUCGCAUCCUCAGUCCCAUCAUUGAUUGACUCUCACUCCUCCAUUCAGCCUUCCGCCCAUCACGACUCUUUUCCCGCGGCGACUCGGACUGCAUCUCUCGAAUCAAACUCGCAAUUUCAUCCAGGCAAGCUCUAUACACGAACUUGUCCUCUUCAUCCACCAGGAAUCCUCCGCCCUUCUCUAGUCUAGCUACCAUCACCACACACAAACCGCCAAGAUGUUUAUGGCAAGAUCCGAAUACGACCGAGGCAUCAACACCUUCUCCCCCGAAGGCCGUCUCUUCCAGGUCGAAUACUCUCUCGAGGCCAUCAAGCUCGGCUCCACGGCCAUCGGCGUAGCCACCUCCGAAGGUGUCAUCCUCGGUGUUGAGAAGCGCGUUACCUCUACCCUCCUCGAGACAUCCUCCGUCGAGAAGAUUGUCGAGAUCGACCGCCAUAUUGGCUGCGCCAUGUCAGGCCUCCAGGCCGAUGCCCGCUCCAUGGUUGAGCAUGCCCGAGUCGAAAGCCAGUCCCACGCCUUCAACUACAACGAGCCCCUCCGUGUUGAGAGCUGCACCCAGGCUAUCUGCGAUCUCGCCCUGCGCUUCGGUGAGGGUGCUGACGGAGAGGAGACUAUCAUGAGUCGUCCUUUCGGCGUUGCUCUCCUCAUUGCUGGCUUCGACGAGGAUGGCCCUCAGCUGUUCCACGCUGAGCCCAGUGGUACUUUCUACCGCUACGACGCCAAGGCCAUUGGCUCUGGCUCAGAAGGUGCCCAGGCUGAGCUCCAGAACGAAUACCACAAGUCCUUGACUCUCAUAGACGCAGAGACUCUUGUUCUCAAGACAUUGAAGCAGGUGAUGGAGGAGAAGUUAGAUGCCAAGAACGUGCAGUUGGCUAGCGUGACCAAGGAGAAGGGCUUCAGAAUAUACACAGACGAGGAGAUGGCCGCAGUCGUGGAGCGGCUGCCAGCCAACUAAGGAGAUGUUACCCAUGAAUCAAGAGAAAUUACGAAUAGACACAAAGACACCCAAGUUGGGGGGCAUUGACGGCGUACAAUAUCAGGCUCGCCAAAACAUGCUUGUAGGAAGUUAUUGAUAAAAUUCCGCACCUCAUACAGAGGUCAAUAUUAUUUAUCAUUAAUGUACGGGUACUUACCACGAGCAGCACUUCCGCCGAAUCUUCAUGACUUCUCCGUAUCCAAUGCGAAUUCAU